GGAAAAGUGAAAGUCAGAGCGGGGCGCGGAGCGGGUGGCAAAGAAUCGGCCGGGACGCUGCGUGUGCUCCCAAAGCUCCGUGCGCCGGAAGGGAAGUGCUGCAGACAAACUCCUGCCAUCCCGCGAGGCAAGGGAGCAGCUGGUGUCCGCACCUCCAUACCCAGCCUUCGCCCCUGCGGCGUGCAUAAAUACGUGUGUGCACACGGGUGCCGGUGCACAUCCUGGGGUAAAGGUGAAGAUGCAACAGGUUUCUUGAGGGGCCCUGGGUCCACGGAAAUGGCAUGGCUUGUGCCCAGCAAACAGCCGGUGAAUUAUCCCAGACUGCAGAUCGUCCAAAAACAUCAUGUCACAUUGUCCCUGGUUGAUACUUGGUGCUUUUGCCGCAGGGAGGAGCAGUCUUCAACAAAUAUUUAUUGAGCUCCUCCUGUGACUCAGUGGUUAAGAGCUCGGCUGCAGCUAACUAAAAGUUUGGCAGCUGGAGUCCACCAGCCACUCCUUGGAAACCCUAUGGGGCAGUUCUACUCUGUCCUGUAGGGUCGCUAAGAGUCUGAAUGGACUUAGCAGCAAUGGGUUUGGUUUGGGUUUUGGUUUUGUGUGCCUUGCAUUGUUCUGUGCUGAUAUCACCAAUGAACAAAGGUAUUUGCCCCUCAGAGCUCUGGCUCAGAUCCGCAUUGAAAUGGGGGCUUUCUCCUUGGGUACCUUCUCUCUUGGGAAGACAUAGGCCAGUGUUAAAAAUGUGCCAAGGAUCUACAACCAGAGAGCAGCUUUCCCCAAAACCAAAUUCACGGGGUAACAGACUUAUUCCUGGCACCUUAAAUCACUCCUGUGACAUUUAUUGCACCCCUCUCAGGGCUUCCUCAUGAGCUGGGUCCUGAGGCCCUGAGUCUGAUGAGUUGGUUUAGCAAUUAAAAUACAGGCUGGACAGUUGGGUUUGUCACAGAAAUGACACUGGAGACUUGCAGUCUCAGGCACGAGUAGGACUUGCCAGAAGAUGGGCUUUGCAGGUAUAGGAAAUAGCAUGUGCAAAGGCCCUGAGGAAUGAAAAGGACUGCCAUGUUCUGGGGUAGCUUGGACUUGGGGCAAAGAGCAGGAAGCUGGUUAUCAAAAACUGAGACAGACGGGGUCAGACCAUGCAGGACCUUCAAGGCUGCACUGAAGUCUGAACAUGACUGGAGGCAGAUGUGAUAUAGAAUCACUCUGGGGUCACUGAGAAGAUCAAGUUAGAGGGGAACAUGUUGCCAUGGAGGCCCAAAGAGAUUUAAGACAGCACAGUGGUUAGCAUCAGGACUUCGGAGCUUGUCGGAUCUGCAUUUAGGCUGUGGCUCUGCUCUGAAUAGCUGUGUGACUUUGUUCAAGUUUCCUCCUCCAUGAGAGGAGCGUUGAGGCCACCUGUGUAUAGGGUGGCAGUGAAGAUUAAAUGCCUGCACAGCACUGAGCACCAGGUGCUGGCAGGUAGUAAGUCCUAGGUCUGCGUUGACUCUGGUAUUGGGAGGUAAAGAGGAGAGAGGCAGUCAGAGUGGAAAAGGGGAUGCAUGUGUACAAGGUGAGCAUCAGAGGGAGGAGGUCAGGAGCUGGAGCAGCAACAGGGAGUCAUAGAUGACCCAGGUUUCUAAUUUGGGUCAUAGGAUGAAGGAUAAAUUGGGGCGAGAGGAGGAGGGGCAUGAGAGUGCAAAGGAAUGCAGGGGUGAGAUGCAGAACUGUGUUGGCCAGGCUAGAAUCUGGACAUGCAGGAAGUGAACUUGAGGUACAAAACGGAUGAGGAACAGCAGGGUUUGGCAGGGUGAGAGAGAACCAAUUCAUUUAUUUGCGUAGACAUUUGCUGCACAUCCACCUGGGGCCAGACUCUGUGCUGGGUACCAACCCAUACACACUGCCCACCUCUAAUUGGUGGCCAGCAAGGCACCGUGUGCCCAGAUAGAGGUCAGUGGGGUCAGGGUAGGGGCUACUGGAAGAGAAGCCUCUAACCCAAGGCCAUGAAGUGGAGUCCAGAAGGUCUCCAGGAAGAGGUGAGCCCUGAGCAGCAUCACCAAUAGGUGACAAGGAGCAUCCCAGAGAGGGGAGAAGGCUCCUGCCCCAGCAAGGGAUGCGUAGUGUUGGACAAGGUGAAUCUGAGGUCCCUCGAUGUGCAAUCAGUGACUGGUAUUUGGAUCUGGAGCUCAGGAGAGAACAGGAGUAAGAAAUAGAGAUUCAAAAGUCUUCUGUGGACACACUUGACAGAUAUGACAAGGAUAAUAAGGGAAUAUUAGGAACAACUUAUAUCAACAAAUUCGACAGUUUAGAUGAAAUAAAUUCCUUAAAAGAUACAAACUCCAAAAACUCACUCAAGAAAAAAUUGUCUAAAGAGUCCUAUAUCUAUUUUGUAAUGUUGAAUUUGUAAUUAUACUAUCUUCCCACAAAGACACUCCAGGCUGACAAGAUAGUAGAAAACCAUAUGAGCGUCUCAAUACAGGCAGGAAAAGCAUUAGACAAAACCCAACAUCCAUUCCUAAUUAAAAACUCUACGCGAACUAAGAAUAGAAAGGAACUUCCUCAACCUGAUAAAGCGCAUCUAUGGAAAAAGCUACAGCUAACAACAUACUUGAUGGUGAAAGAAUGAAUUUUUUCCCCUAAACAGAAACAAAGUAAGGCUGUCCACUCUCACCACUUCUACUCAGCAUUGCCCUGGUGAUGGUUGCCAGUGCAAUAAGACCAAAAAAAAAAGAGGCAUCCAGAUAGGAAAGGAAGAAGUAAAACUAUUUUAAUUUGCACAAUUAUCUAUGUAGAAAAUCCUAUGGAACCUACAAAAAAGCUACUAGAACUCGUGUUAGCAUGAUUGCAGGAUAAAAGAACAACAUAUUUCUAUAUACGAGCAACAAACAAUUGGAAAUUGCAAUUAUCUCAAAUACUACAGAACAUCACUGAAAUCUCUAAUAGAAUUUGCCCAGGUCAGGCACAGAGGUCCCAAGCUGAGUCAGCCUCAAGUGCUUUCUUCCAAUCACCCGUGCUGCCUCAGAGUUCAUACUGCAAUGAUUUCUCCUCCUGCCUACAUCCAGUUGCUCUUUAUGGAAGGGUUGAGGCUGUGAGUGUUGAUUAAAUUGCCCAGGGAAACUUUGUAAAGCAGGCAAAGGAAGGCUCUUAACUCAGAUGCCUGAGGAACAGCAACACUUAGGGCAGGCGGAGGAGGAGACAAAGAAGAAGAAGCCAAGGGGGCAUGGUGGUCAAGGAAGUAGAGGUGAAGCGAUAUCACUGAGCUGGCCACUGGGGGCCAACGCAUGGUAGUGCAGCCCCAGCCCAGCCACCCAGCAGAUCCAAGGUCCUCCAGGCCCAAACCUGGUAUACUGAAUGCUGACGCGUGGAUGUGCCCAAAUCCCAAUCCCAGGACCAGCCAUGCAGGAACUCCCAGCCUCUGUGCGGAGGCCACAACAUAUCUUCUGGGAGCAAUUCUUCCAGCCAGGACUGUCGCUUCCUACCACACCCCAGGCUCUUGGGUCUGAGUUGUGCCAUAACGGCCCCACAGUCAACCCCUAUCCAUUACCCUGGGGAGCAGAGGACGGGACAGCCUGGUGUCUCUCGCCCUCAAGGGAUGAAGGAGGAGCUUCUGCAAUAAAAGUUCUCUCUGAGGAGGGGACUGGGAUGGGGCAACCUCCCCCAAGGAGUCACUCACUGUCCCUAGCAGAAGGUGAUCUGAGCUUAUGAAUCACCAGAUAGGCGAUCACCUCAGAUCAGGCCCGGAGUUCAGGAUGGAUGACACCAAGUGUGCAAUUGAAUGAAAAGCCUGGGGAAGAGAGGGCUUCAGAGUAGGAGAGGCUAGAAGGGGGGUGAGCAGGAGAUCUGAGGCCUGGUCAGAGAGUGUAGAAAAAGGGGACACAGGGGCAGGAAGGGAGGGAGAUGGGGAAGAUUGAUUUGGGUGGUGAUAGAGGCCCCACACAGUAUAUAGGCUCCACAUGGUACAUGGGUGGUUCUCAGCGUCCAGCAGGGAAGUUAAGAGUUACUGUAGCCAGACCUGAGUUCAAGUCCUGACUUCAGCAAUUAUCAGCUGUGGGACUUUGGGUAAACGAACCUCUUCUAAUUUUUUGUGUUGAAUUAGAAAGAAAAAACACAAAAAGUGCUCAGUGCAAUGCCUGGCCUAUCGUAAGCGCUCAAUAAAUGGGACCUAUUACUGUUUUUUAGCCUUAGCCCUUAUGGAAGACAGUGAUGGAGUAGGGAGAAAGAAAGUUUGAAAGUUGUGGCUCACCAGCUUCAAGUGAUUUAUCUGAUGGCACCUCAGUGGACUUUUCCAGCUCCAGCUCCACUCUGAUGGGCUGGGCAGCAGGGUCCUUGGCAGGCUCUGUAGAGGGCUCCACUGCCUUCUGGGAAGGAGCUUUGAUCAAGUGCUCCAAGUUGGGCAGGUCCUUGCUGCUGGAGGCCAUGACCAGGGAAGACGCGAAAUUGAUCAGGUCAGCCAGGCCAAGUUGAAAGUUGAAAUAAAGGCAAAGGUGGCAAGUGGAGCCAAGUAGACAUGGAGGAUAGGGCUAGUGAUGCUGGCAAGGGAGAGAAGAGAGGAGGGGCAGGAUGGGAGAGAGGAUGGCAAAUGGGCUGAGGUAAGGGACAAGGAAGAAGGGGGGAAGCUUAGGGUGGAGUACCCAACCCUGGCUCCAGGAUCCCUCAGAUUGUUUCCCGUCCUGCAGCUCCCCCAUUCUCACCUUCUUCUCCCUGCCAGGUGUCAAUGGAUUUUCCUGCUGUGGCAAGGAGUCAGUAGACAUUAUGGAUACACAGUAAGAACCAGCCCCCAUCACUGUAGGACCUCAUCUCCCCACCCUCCAAAACUUCCAACAUUACCCCCUGCUACUGCUGUCAAAUUCCUCACGUACCGACUUCCUGAGCACUAGCUCUCAACAUGAGCUGAAAGAACCCCUUGCAUCGGUCCACCUGUAAUUCUUGAUAAAAAUGAAGAUUCCCUCAUUCCACUCCUUUGAGGGAGGGGAAUGAGUAGGCAAGCUCUCCAGGAGCUCCCUAAACUCACUAAAGCUUGAGAAUACCACUCUGGAAUUCCUGGUGGGGACGGGGCAGCCAGGGGAACAGAUAAGGUGAAGGACAUCUUGCCAGCCUCUGUGCAAGGCAGAGGGCCUUGAGGGACCCAGAUACCUCUGUCCCACUGAAGUCACCCCACCCACCCCACAGAGCCCUUUUACCCACCCUGUCUCCUUCUAUCAUAGGAGUAACUUACCCCAACACCAGUCUGAGUCCCAAUUCGUACAAGAAGAUGAGCUAGAGGUAACAGUGGAUGGGGUCACCACUCAUGGGGAGGUGGUAGGCCGAGGCAGGGUUUUUUGAGAUCCAUCUUCCCUAAAUCCUGACCAACCCCUACCCUUGACAAUUCUGGGACCCUGGCAUCAGGCCAAUGUGGGCACACUCACACACCCCCCACCUGCCCACACACUGCCUCCUACCCCAAGCAGAACUCUGCCGAAGGGGCAAGUGUGGGGGAAGAAGUGAGAAGUACCAGUGGGGUGGGGAGGAGCUCAGGGGCAGGGGCCUUUGGCUCUUGUUUCUUCAGCUUUCAGAUGUACCCUUUCAGCUAGAAGCAGAACUGCUAGAAUACGAGCCGUCGCCCCCAUCCCCCAAAGUGGGCCCAGACAUGGACCUAGACCCGUACCCGGACCUGGACCCAGAGCUGGAGGGAGACCUAGAGGUAAACUUGCCCAAGCCUGAGUCUGCGCUAGAAACAGAGCCCGAGCUGAAGGUGACCAACUUGAAGUCCUUCGAUGAAGCCCCUGAGCAGCAGAGUAUAGACGAAGCCCCUGAGCAGCAGAGUAUAGAGCCCCUCUACCCCGACGAGGAGCGGAACCUCAGCCCAUGCAGCCUGAACUCCGUGCAGGAGGAGCAGAUGUCCACCAGCUAUCGCUCCAUUUGCGCACAGACCUCCAAUCACCUCUUCUGGGCAGACAAGAACAUCCAGGCUUCAGAACACAGCCCGACACCAGCAAUAGGCCUGGAGCCCAGGAAAAACGUCACAAACAUGCUGACCUCCAGCCGCGCAGGCCAGGAGAACGUCCCCAACGACGCCCUGAGCUGCAGGGCCCAGGGAGCUUAUUCAACCACAAGCUCCCAGACGCUGCUGACAAGCCCCUCCCUGUCCUCCUCCAGUCUCCCAGCAGCCAUCGGCCUGGCUGACCUAAUCAAUUUUGCAUCUUCCCUGGUCAUGGCCUCCAGCAGCAAGGACCUGCCCAAUUUGGAGCACUUGAUCAAAGCUCCUUCCCAGAAGGCCGUGGAGCCCUCUACAGAGCCUGCCAAGGACCCUGCUGCCCAGCCCACCAGAGCGGACCUGGAGCUGGAAAAGCCCGCAGAGGUGCCAACAGAGAAGCCAUCAGAAAAACCAGCUGAAGCCGGCGAACCACAAAAAGUUUGGAAUGAGGGAGACAAGAGCUUCCCUGGUGCUUGCCUGGGCUUCAACAAUCUGGGAAUCAAGAGGGCCACCAUUGAAGGGGAAGUCAAGUUUCUCCAACCACCGACCUUGGCUCUACCCCCUCAGGGAGCCAGGAAAGACUCGGUGCCAGGAACCAAGAAAGGGAGUCCCUUAUUGCUGAAAAUCCAUUUUAAGCUGUCAUCCCCCUCUUCCCCCACAGAAAUGACUAGACAAAACCAAUAAAGCCUCCAGUGCUGGCCCCUGCUUAGAUUUUUUUGUGCAAACGUGUCUGGACCAAGCAAGCACACCUGGCUGCGGUGCCCUGGUCUUGACUUUUUUUGGGAAGCCACUCCCAUUUUUAGCUACCCAAGUCCCACUGUCCCUGACUCUGCCAUGCCUGUUCCUUGCCAUCUGUUUUGCUCCUGCUGGCUCCCAUGGGUAGUUCCCCUUUCACGCCCACCUGCCCAGUCCUCUAAGCCAGGAGGAAAGACUUAUGACCAGCCAAUGGGGAGGCCCCGGGGCGCUGUCUGAGGCAUCCGUCCCUAAGACAACUGAAAUGGGAACUUCUGCUUGGCCUGAAACCAGGGACCUGUCAGGUUACCUGAGGAGGGGGCCUCCUGGGGGUGGGUCUGGGCUGCUGUGAAGGGGGUUUUUCCUGCUUCUCUCCACAGGGGAGGCCUGGGUGUGGGGAAGGGAUGGUGUCCAGGUGCUUGAGGGAGAAAGGAAGUGAGGCUGCAGUACUGGCCUGCCAGGGGGCCACAGCUUAGAUCUGGAGGUACCCCAAAAUGUAGGAGAGUGCUUACGUGUAAUGGUGCACAUCCAUGUGCAGCCCAGACUCACAUAUCCGUACACAAACAGGCACACAUACACACACAGCCCAUCAGCUAACCAGUGGGUCACACAUCCAGGUACCUACACAAACACAUCCACACACACACACACAGGAACCGUGCACACAACACACAUAAACAUACAUGCCUGUGUACAAAACAAGCACACAAAUGCACAAGGUUCGGCCUCGGAGGCACAGAGGAUGGACCCUGCUGCCAGCAGAGGAGAGGUGGAGGCAUGGGGUUGGACUCCGGUGCUGAGAGGGAAAUCUGUGAGAAAGAGAAGGGGAAGCAGCACAGCGGCUUCUUGACUCACUGCCCAGUCUGGGCCUUGGUUGCCCUGUCAAGUGAAUGCUCAGGCUUGUAGAACUUCAAGGGCCUGCCCAGGCUUGGGAGGGGCUGAGGAGGGCGGUGUGGAGGGCCUGGGAGAGUGGGAUUAGGAAGGAGUGAGUGGUAACAAAUGGGCCAGGCCAGAAGGAGAAGGGGGCAGGAGGGUGGAGGAGGAGGUCAGACAGCAAGGGGCCGAGCAGGAGAUGCAGAAGUGAGUAUCUGGGGAGGGGCUGGGCCAGAAGCACCCUCAGGCUGCUGGGAUGCAUCCCUUCUGUGGUAUUUUUAAAAUCUGGUUUGUGAAUUUGCAUUGUUUGGGGAAGGAGACCUUCCCCUCCUAGGGGAGCUGGGGUAGGGGGCCCUAGCCUGACCUUGGGCUGGACCUACUCUCGUCCCCGCUAGUUGGGGGACUCAGGGGCUGCUUCUCUCUCUGGACCUCUGCCAUCAGGACUCAAGGGUGCCUUAAGGGAGGCAAGAACUCGAAGGAAGGAAGCAGCAGGUGUCCCCAGCAGGGUUGGGUGGGCCUGGAGUGAGUGAGAGAGUGCAUGCCCAGAGAAAAAAUGCUAACCCCCAAGGCACAGCUUGGGGCUGCAGCCCAGGGCCCUGGAGCAGCCUAAGAGCCUGUGACUCUGCCUUUCAGGCAGCAGUGGGCAGAAGACCAAGACAGCCCCAUUAGCACAGAGCAAGUGCAGGUGACAGAGCUGGGGAGGGUCCUUGCCCCUCACCUGGGGGGGAGGUGGCACUGCCCCAGCUCUGCCUCCAGAGUUCCCUGGGGUUGACGACUGUGAGCUCAACCUGGGUCGGGGAUCUUGGAUACUCCUAGAGUCUAAGCAGGGAGAGUGGGCUGGCUCCCUCUGCCUUGUCUUCUCCCCACUCCCAAGGCCUCCACAGAAGCCUCGAAGACUGCUCUCACAAGAUCCAGAGGAGGAGCAGGUGGACAGAGAGCAGAAGGGGAGGCUGCAGCUGGCGAUGGAGCUAGCAGCAGUGGCCAUGGCCACGGGGUUUGAGCGGCCCAGGCCAGGGGCAAGGAAGUUUAAGGGCCUUGUGGCUACCUAUCCAGUACAGCCAUACCCAAGCAUGAGGUCUCAGAGAUGAGGGCAGGGACUGGAGGCCAGACUUGGAACACUGGGUUGGGGAUGAGACCUGCCUGGCCUUGGCAUCUGUCUGCAGCAGGUGCAAAGGCCUUUUCAACCUCUUCCUUCCAGGCAGCUUGACAGACAAGAACCUGCUGCCCCUGACACCCAGACAGCUGGCAGGUGAGGGCCUAAGGGCUGGAAAAAUAGGGAGUGCUCAGGACAGCAUUAAAAGAGGUUGCCUGGCUGGGUUCACUGCAGGAAGCAGGUGAUUAGUCUACUAGAUUCUAACCUUCCCUCCAUGCCAGUCAUCUACAGCCCCAUAGCCUAGUGGUGUGUGUGUGCAAGUGUUCUGGAUGGAUUGGUGAAUGGGUGAAUGAAGGUUUUGGUUGGGCAGAUGAAUGGAUGAACAGAAUUGAAGGGAGUAAGGAAGAGGGAGAGAGGAAGGAAGGGUGGAAGAAAAUAAUCUGAGUCCUCUCCAGGGAUCUGGGACUCUGAGGGUAGGAACAGAAGGAGUUACUGCCCAAAUGCCCCCCAAAGAUUAUGUCCCGAUAUUGGCAGAGGCCGCUCAAAUCAGGAUCAUUUUAUUCAUCACCAAUUGUCAGUGCCGUCUACGUGCAGAGCACUGUAACUUGGGCACCAGGCUGAGGGUCCAAAUCCCAUCAUAGCCCCUUAAAGGUGGUGUAACCUUGGACAUGAGUUAAAUUGAGGACUGAAUGGAUGAUUGACAAGCACCAGCACAGCAGCCAUAGUUGUUCUUUGUAUUAAAAAUACACCCAGUAGGUGGGUCCUAUCUCAGCUAGAGUAGGCGGAUCUCAGGAUUCCUGUAUGUGAGGCUCGCCUUGCUGCCUGCUCCCUUCCUUGCCCUCAGCCUUCCAGGAUGUCUUCAGAUUGCUCAGCUCCAGCCCAGCAGGCACUGUGGACAUGUGCAGCAUGAAAGCUGCCCAUGAAGGCUGCCUUGCGCAGUGUGGGCAUCCAGCUGAGCCCAGAGGAGAUGUGUUAGGCUCUUCAGCAGGCAGAUUUGGAUGGUCAGUGCCUCAUCCCCACCCACUUGUGGUCUCCCACCUCCAGCCCUGAAGAACGCCUCGCUUGCCCACAAAAUCCCUGGCCUGAUCCUGUUUUAAAGUUCCCUCUUCCAGGAAACCCUCCCAGAUUAACACACCUAUCCCACCUAACACACCUUCUGCAGAGUGUUUACUCUCAUCCAGCCUUGAGGCUCUCCCAGGGCAAGGGCUAGUUCUCCCCCAUUCAAACUGGGGUCUCCCCCUUGGCAUGAUUCUCUAACUCCUGGAAUGCCAGCAUCUUGCCAGCAAGUCCCUAAAGCGUAUGGAAGACAGGACUUCUGCAGGGGAGGCACCACGGCACUCUCUCUCCCCAGGUGAUGGCACCGUGAGCUUCAAGGACUUCCUGGGUGUCCUCACUGACAAUCACCGCUUCGCACAGUGCGUGGGUGAGGGACCAGACUGAUGACACAGUGCGGGGCCUGGCCCGGGGGAGGUCCUUCCUCACCGCCUUCUCAUGCUUUCUGUCCCCAGCCCGAGUGAGGAACAGCCGGAUCCAUGACCCCCAGGGCCUGCAGACGCUGUUGUUUGAGAUGCUGCUCAAACUGCUGGACCAGGGCUCUGUGCCCUCCAAGUCGGUGCAGGAGGUGAUGACGUGGGCUGACGACGACCACUUUCAGGGCCGGGGAUGCAGGGAGCAGAUCCUGCCCCAGAGACAGAAGCCCUGGGCCCCAAUUCGCCCCAGGCCAGUGACAAGUGGCUUCCGGUCUUGCUUUGGGUUUCCCUUCUUGUGACAUGGAGAAGGCUGGGCUGGGCGCCGUCUGAGGCGGCUGCACCUCCUUCCUCCUUCAAGCUAUUACUCCAAGAAGAAGGCUCUGCAACUGAACCCAGGCUGGACGGGCCAGUCCCGCGGCCACGCCCGCUCCCCGUACGCCCCCGCGGGCCUCGCUUUCUACUGCCCGGCCGCGCGUCAGCGGCUUCUCCAGUGCCCAGCUCGCGCGCUCGCUGCACAGGCUGCACAAAGCUGGUGCGCGGAGAGGGCAGGAGGCGUGGGGCGAGGCCUGCGGGAGGGGGGCACUCCCAAUCACGUCCAACCCUCCAUCCACGCCUCCGGCUUCUCCCCGGCGCCCCACCCCAGGUGCGCGCAGCCCCUACUCUCAGAUACCGAACCUGGCCCUGCGGACGGAAUCUGAACGCAGGACCAGGACCCGAGCACCCCGUCCGGAGGUCCGACUUCCCAAACCAUACCAGCCCAGAGGCCCCAAGCGCGGGGCCUGCAAAAGGCAGCUCAGCCUAAGUGAGAGCGGGGAGGAGGCGGG